UCCCAUCUUAUCUCAAACCUCAUUCAGCUUCACUCUCCUUUACUUUUAAGUUCUUUUCUUUGCUUGAUUUCAUUUUGUAGCCAAAAAAAAACAUGGGGUUCUCACUGAAACUUCAGUAUUGCCUAGUGUCUGUCAUGGUGCUAUUACCUGCAGUGUGUUACUCUCAGGACUAUUUCGUCAAGUCCAGAGCAACUUACUAUGGCAGUCCUGACUGCUUAGGCACUCCAAGUGGAGCUUGCGGAUUUGGAGAAUAUGGAAGAAGUGUCAAUGAUGCCAAUGUCGCCGGGGUUUCCAGGCUCUACAAGAAUGGAACUGGCUGCGGUGCUUGUUAUCAGGUUAGGUGCACUAACCCUCAAAUAUGUGCUGAUAAUGGGGUGAACAUAGUGGUGACCGACUAUGGCGAAGGCGACAACACCGAUUUCAUCCUUAGUCCCCGCGCAUAUGCAAGGAUGGCGCAACCAGACACCGGGGCACAUCUGUUUGCUUACGGCGUUGUUGAUGUAGAGUACCAAAGAAUCCCCUGCCAAUACAGUGGUUACAAGACCCAGGUUAAGGUUCAUGAACAUAGCAAAUACCCAAAUUACUUGGCCAUUGUAGUGUUAUACCAAGCUGGUAAAAGUGAAAUCCUAUCCGUCGAUAUUUGGCAGGAGGAUUGUAAAGAAUGGAUAGGAAUGAGGAGGGCAUAUGGGGCCGUUUUCGACAUGGCAAAUCCGCCAUCAGGAGACAUCAGUUUGAGGUUCCAAGUGCGGGGCAGCGCCGGAUUGACAUGGGUGCAGGCACCGAAUGUCAUUCCUAAGUACUGGAAAGCUGGAGUUGCUUAUGAAACGGACAUUCAGCUUUAUUAAACAACCUCAAAAUAGCACUUGGUGGAUUACUUUCUCAAUUAUGGUUGGUUUGUUAUUGUUAUCAUGUCAUUAAAUGUUUGUUUAUUAUAGGACAGCAAAGUGCUCAAACUUGGCCUUAUGCUGAAUGAACAAAAUAAAAAAGAGUUGGGUAUUUGUAGUUUUGCUUGAUGUUUGGGUAUUGAUUGAAAUGAUGAAUAAAGUUGCUCCUUAGAUAUUUUCCUCA